UCUUGAUUUCAUAGCAAGUGGGAAAUAUGAAAAACAUAAACAUGGCGAUGUAUGGCGAUAUGCAUGAACAAAUCUCAAAAUAACAUGCAACAGGUUAACAAGAAUGAACAAAAAGAACGAGAUUGGAGGUUCAAUUGAGGAAUAUGAUGUAGGGACACACUUGGGAAGGGGAGGCUUUGCCACAGUGUAUUGUGCCAAAUGUCGCAACACAGGAAGAGAUGUGGCCAUCAAGAAGAUUAACAAGAGUGAGAUUACAGCUGGUGGUCUUAUUAGCAGAGUGCGCCAAGAAGUUACAAUUCACUCCCAGCUCAGUCAUCCAGCUAUACUUAAACUUUAUACAUUCUUUGAAGAUCAGCAGUUUGUUUAUCUAGUCCUAGAGCUUUGUACUAAAGGAGAAUUGCAGAAACAUUUAAAAAAUCUACGAAGAGUCCUCGCUGAAAAUGAAGCCAGGGAAUACUUGAGCCAGAUCGUAUCAGGAAUGCUUUAUCUUCACUCCCAGUCUAUUAUGCAUCGGGAUCUUACUCUAUCAAAUAUACUUCUUGACAAUCAUGGAAGGAUAAAAAUAGCAGACUUUGGGCUUGCUACACAGCUUAGGCGCCCAGAUGACAGGCACACUACCAUGUGUGGCACUCCAAAUUACAUCAGUCCUGAGGUAGUUACUCGCAGUUCCCAUGGCCUUGAGUCAGAUGUGUGGAGUUUGGGGUGCAUGUUGUUUAUUAUGCUUGUUGGUCAUCCUCCAUUUGACUCUAAGGGUGCCAAGGAGUCUAUAUUUACCAAUGUUGUCAUUGGUGAUUAUAAGGUACCAAGUUAUGUGUCGGUUAAUGCCCGUAAUCUGAUAUCAGAGUGCCUUCAGAAAAACCCAAAGGAAAGAAUCAAGCUUGAAGCUAUUCCUAAUCAUCCUUUCAUGAAUACAGGAAAUAAAGUGGAUGUAUCAAGGAUGUCUGACAGUGGGUUAUAUACCAUGACUACUGUAACCACCACCCAUCAUACUAGAGCUCCACUAGCUUCCAUAUCAGAAAGUGAUCUGUCUUGUUCUGAAGGCAGUGGCAGCAGCCAUACAGGGCAGAUAAAGCCAUGUUCUGAGCCCCUUCUUCGCCAUCCCUCUUCUCCACCAGUUAGGAUGAAAUCUAGUCCAAGAGAUCUUCUACCUCCGAAUGCUGGAGUUAUUGAUAGUUUGAAAAAGAAAUUUACACCCCUGCCGUCACUGAAGGGUGGAGGAAAUUUUGCUUUUACUACACCACUGCUGCCACCUUCGAUAAAGCGGGAACGAGAUGUGUCUGAGGAGCGGAAUAGGCAGCAGAAUUCAAAUGAGCUUAGAUGCAGUUCCUCCAGUUCUUGUGAUGACCAGUGUAACUCUGUACAGUAUUCCUCUUCUCGCAUUAAAGAUGAGGUAUCUCAUCACAUUCCGGGGGAAAGGAAAGGUAGGGCUAGAAGUAACUCGAGAAGUAGAAGCAAUGAUUGUGGCACAGUAGAACACAAUUGCACUAGUGAAACUCAUAAUCCUUCAAGAAAAGAUAAAUCUGGUGAUUACAAUGAUAAUUCUGGAGAACGGUCAAGGAUAUCUUAUGAAUGCUCUUCUGAGAGUCACAAAAAUGAAUUAUGUAAUCAGUAUUCAGGUCACCAAAAUCAAGGCUCUGGUAUGAGAUCAAAAGAAAUAUACAGUGAUUGCAGAAGUAGAUCCCUUGAAAAAAAAUGCACUUCAGGACAAGAAAGUCGUAGAUUAAUUGAAAACCAACUUAGGUCUGUGGAAAAUUGUCAACAAGAUGAUCCAGGAUAUAGAUUUUCAAGAUCUAGAGAGAGGUGUGGUGUGCCAAGAAGCAGUGGUUUCCAAAAAAGGAACUAUGUGGCCUGUGAGCCAAUGUUUGUGAAGUUAUUGAAGUCUAAAACUACCAAGAUUACCUAUUACACAGAUCAAGCAAAGUUUUUUCUUAUGGAAAAUUCACCAGAUCCAGAUUUUGUGGCUACAUUUUAUCAUGGAACCAAGCUAACAAAGAGUGGAAACAAUUUGGUCAUCAAAUGUCCUACUGGGGCCUCUCAUUCAGUAUCACUGACCCCUGAACAUAAACUGUUGCCUGAUAAUCUGGAGCCACUCUAUCUACAUUUUAAACAGGUGCAUGAUCACUGCCUGUACCUGGAGCGAGUUUUAUCCGAGGUGAAAGAUAAGACAAAAAUGGAUUGUUUUCCUGUAAUUUUGGGCAGAAAGCCAGUGUCUACAUCUUCACCGUCAGAGUCUACGUGUGGUAAACUUCAUCCCACAUCAGAUAAAGAAAAUUUCUCACCCACAUCCAUACAGUCCUAUAGAUCUCCAAGAAAUAUUUUAACACAGCUUGGAUCAUUUGAAGAUUCACUUGCUAGCUAUCAAGUAUUGGGAAAUUCAGCUCCUCGUGUGAGAGUGCCGCACACUCCUCACACCUACAGUAACCUUCUGGUGAAUACGUGUGAGGUCAAGCAUCCUGUGUCUCGUGUGUAUGUACAGAAUAUUGGCUGGGCAUCUCGGGGCCGUAAUGGUGUAGUGUGUGUGGAGUAUCUGGAUGGAACGCAGGUUGAAGUAAGCAGUAACUCUCCCAAAGUGAUCUUCACCGAUGCUUCUGGUGUAGCUACAACAUUUGAAGUGAAGGACAAACUGCCAUUAGCACUGCAAAACAAAUUGUCUCAUAUGUCAGCCGUGUUAAAUUCUCUGACAUAUUCUCCUGCAUCAAGUACGCCGCCUCCAUCUUCAUAUGUGGGUGGCCUCCGCUGAUAUCACUACAACUCUAUACCUGAGAAUAAAUGAAUUUAAGAAUUUUAGUUAUGCUGAAUACAGUUAAUAAUGCAUAUGAAGAUUACCUGACAAAUGUGCUGUAACCUUGCACAUCAUGAAUAUAUUAGCUCGAAUAUGAAACUUUUGGGAAAAUAUAUGUUGUAUGUAGUGCACUGGAAAACUAGUUUGAAUGAAGUUGUUGAUGCAUGUUUUCAUGUCUUUUAUGUUGUUUUACUAGGCUCUUCCACUAGACUUUAGCUAACUCAAAAUAAUAGUUUUUAAUAAAACUGAAUCUCAUAAAUGUAAGUCAUUGUUUAUGAAGUAGGAAAUUUACAAUAUUCAUUUGCAGCUAGAGAUGAAAUAUAAAGAAUUAGAUAGGCAUAAUUAUGGAACAAUAAUGAGAGAAUUAUUAUGACUCAGGAUAAAAAAAAAAAAAAACAAAGGGAUACAACAGAAACUAUAGCUUGUGGACUCAAGUUAAUGAAUGUCUUUUUCAAGUCAAAAUAACUCGUCUUCCAUACGAAACUGUACAACCACUGUGUCUUCCUUAAAGGAUGAUAAAAUCUGUGCAAAACAAAAUUUGCACAGAAACAAAACCAAUAUUUUCACGAUUGUUCCUAGAUUGCCAUGGGUGUCAAUAAUAUUAUGUCAACAAUUUUUAUAAUUUUUUUAUUAAAAUAAGUGUCUGAGAACAAAUGGGCAUAGCUUAGUAUUUCUAUGAAAACAAAACACGCAUACAUGUACGCCCUCUCACCCACCCACCCACCUGCCUAAAGGAACUCCCACCUGUCUGCCUCUCACACACACUCACACUCACUCUCACACUCUCGCUGUCACUCAUUCACUUUGACUUGUUGUAGGUUUUAUU